AUGUCGGCACCGCCCCUGCCGGAUUUCUGGAGUGAGGAAAGGGAUGCAAAGGGUCGCACGUAUUUCUCUAACCAUCGGACGCAGGAGACGACGUGGGAGAGGCCGGUGGUAAGCGUCCCUCAGGGAGAGCCAGACCUUCCUCCUCCCUACGGUGGCAACGCAGCCCCUCGCGCGGCGGCCGCACCGCCCCAGGCGGCACGGUCAGGCCCCUGCUGCACGCCAAGGCUGACGUUCUGGAUUUCGUGCGCGUUGGGCUGGGUCGUCUGGGUCUUCGCUGUUGCGGCCUCUGCGGACGAUAAGUGGGCCAAAAUUGACGGCUUUGACAUCGGUGCAGGGGAUGAGGACAUCCUGGACGAUUGCGAUUCAAGCGAUGACGUGUGCUCCCUAUACAAGGCGUUCACGGCAAUGCAGUUCAUCGCCGCCGUGGUGGUGUCGGUGUCGAUGGUUCUCUUCACCCUCGCCCUGUUCCGCCCGGCGGCUGGGCUCAAGUGCUGCAGCGUCAAGUCCCUGGCGAUCGCCGCCGGCAGCCUCAUGAUGGCCUUCGCCUUCUUCGAGAUGCUCGCCUUCGUUCUGAUUAUCGUCAUCGAGAAGGAACUCGACGGCGAUUUCAAUAGCGGCUUCGGCUUCGGCGAGGCCGACCUCGGAGCGACCUUCGGUGUGGCGGUCGUAGCGGUUGUGUUGGGAGUGGUGCAGGCCGUUUCGGUCUUGACGUUCGCCCGCAGCUCUGGAGACGGGCCCUUCUUCAAGUGUUUCAACGAGUGCAUGACCAUGAACAACGCCCCAUACGCCGCCGCCGUGCCGACCCAGCAGCAGCCGCCGCCGCAGCAGCAGCAGCAACAGCAGCCGCCCCUGCGCACGGCAGUCUUCGCAUCGGCCGCAUCUACGCAAGCCCCGGCGCCAGCGCCGACGGGCCCUGCAAUACCCGCCGCGGCGGCGCCGGUACCCGCAGGACCGGUGCCUGCGGAGCCGGCAAGCACACUGGGAAUGACUUUCUUUUUUUCUUCUGGGCAACGCCCCGGGGGGGGGUGACGUUCGUUGUCCGGGGAUCGUGUGGUGUCUGCUCACAUGGACGACGGCAUGGCUGGUGGCGCACUGAAGGGUUUUGCGUUGUGCUUGUGCCCGCGCCCGUUUCCCCCACGCCCUACUGUUCUAUACUCUCCUCGUUUAUUUUGAUGAUGACUGAUUGUGGACAUGGAGUUAGAUUUUGAUAGACCACGACCGAGAGGUGGAUUUAACUUCUCUCACUUGGUGCGUUACCUCUUGCCACAUCGCACGCUAUAUGUGCCCUCAAUGCUUCGAAACGCCCGUUUCACCCGGUAUUUGUUGUACUACGCCAUUAUUUUUCGUCGUCGAUUAUUUUUCCCACGGCGAACGAGUUUUGAAGGGUUUGUGUAUUGUUUGAGGUGUUUGGAACCAUCGAUGUUUGUUGAGCAAUGUGGUAUGCGUACAAUGUAUAGAUUGCAAGGCAAUGGCAUGGUGUAGGGUUUUGUACCGGGUUUGUGCUAUGAGAUGGGGACAGCGGUGUUGUUAGUCAUGCUGACCCCGAGUGGACUGUUCGGGAAUAGGCAGCUUCUUCCCAAGCGCUAUGGCGCUUGUCUGUUUGUGGCUGCUGUUGAUUGGGUGGCCUCUGAGUUUGGGUGUUAGUCUACAUAGAUAGGCAUUGUCGCGCUCUGUAGAAUCUGAUUUCUGUUGUCGGCGCCUCAGCGACAUGAGCGUCUGGGUUGGAUCCGGCCGUCGAGUUCACGUUGUUUUGAGCGUCCUCGCCUGCCGUUGUCUCAAUCAACUAACUGCACUGCU